AUGUCAGCUGCCCCUCCUACUAGCACUACUACUAGGGCUUCUGUUGUCACUGUUACUGGCACUGCUGGUCUCUAUAUGGUAGCCAAUGAGCUCAGUAUUGUGGCGAGCAAGAUGCGGGAUUCUAUAGCCGCCACAAGCUCAAGUACUACCAAGGCUACGUCUACUAAGUCUACAAGAACCAAAACCUCCACAACUAAGACUUCCACAACCACAACCGUCCCAGUCUCCACACAAACCGUGAAUGGUAUCGUCACCGUAUCCAACGGAUGGUCACUGAAGAUGUUCGAUGGGAUUGGUUGCACUGGCAGCUACGUGUUGGUCCAAGGUCACAACAAGAAAUUGGAGGAUAGUGACUGCAUGAAGUUCCGCGCGGCGAGCAACUUAGCGACCGUGGUCAACAACACAGCCGUUUCAUGUCGCUGGUGGACUCUACAAAACGGUAAAUGGGAGUGGCGGGACUGUCACAGCGAUGCUCUGAAUAGUCCCAAAUCAUGGCGUAUGUCGAAUGGUCUCUGUACCGUCUCUCCUAAUCCGACGUGCGAUCUUGUCAGCGACAUUUCCCAAACUUAUGGCUGGAGGGGUCCUGGUUUGUGCCAUGAUCGCCAACAGAUGGACCCGAAAUUUGUAUCUUUCAAGUGUUAUGUUGGAUGA